AUGACCUCGACAACACACCCAGAAACCUACACGCCCCCUCCCCUCCCCUCCCCAUUCACCAACACAACCCCACCACCAACGCUCCUCGCCCAAGGCGCCGAAGCCCGUCUCUACAAAACCGUCUUCCUCACCCCCUCCACCCCCGCAGCGCUGAAAGUCCGACCCUCCAAACCAUACCGCCACCCAAUCCUGGACCGGAGACUCACACGCCAGCGCAUCCUACAAGAAGCGCGAUGUCUAGCGAAACUGACCCGAGAGGGCGUCAGUGUGCCUGCCGUGCUAGCGUUGGAUUGGGAGGGUCAGGGUGGCGAGAGUGGGAUUGGAGGCGCGUGGCUGCUUAUGGAAUGGAUUGAAGGGCUUGUUUUGCGGGUUGUCUUGGAGAGGUGGGAGGGUUGGAUGAAGCGAAACCUGGAUGCGGAUGCGACUGUGCGUUUGCAGGAAGAGGCGCGGGCGAGAGAUUUAUUGAGGAGGAUUGGACGUGUCGUGGGACGGUUGCAUAAGGCCGGUGUUGUGCAUGGGGAUUUGACGACGAGUAAUCUUGUGUUGAGGCCACCGUCUGCUGGAGAAGAUGCCCGGGAGGAUGACGGGAAUCCGUCUAUGGAGGGGGAGGUGGUUCUUAUUGAUUUCGGGCUUGCGAGUCAGAGUGUGCAGGAUGAAGACCAGGCGGUUGACCUGUAUGUUUUGGAGAGGGCGAUUGGGAGCACGCAUCCUCGGACUGAGGCGUUCUUCGACGAGGUUCUACAGGGGUACCGGGAGAGCUACAAGGGUGCUAAUGCUGUUCUGAGGAGAUUAGAGGAUGUCAGGAUGAGAGGUCGCAAGAGGAGCAUGGUUGGCUAA